AUGUUAUACGAAUUUGAAAGCACUCUUUUUUAGGUUGAACAUUUAGAAAAGUUUCCAAGUAUAGAAGAAUAACCCUUUCUUUAUAAAUACAGAGCAAGAACCUUAUUAUAAUAAUUAUUGUAAAAAAAAUAAGACCCUUUGCAAUAAGCUAUCAUACAUUAUUAAUUAGGAGUCAAUUUUCUAGAUUGUGAAGAAAAUGGGGAAUGUAAUUUUUCAACUUUUAUUCAAUUUAGCUAGAAAGAAUAUGGCAAAAUCCUUAUAACUUUUUUCAUAAAUAGCAGAAAUAGAAAAUUAUUUGACUUAUAUUUAAUCUAUCUAUAAUCAUUUAGGGUUUCUAGCAGUUAAUUUAGACGAUAAUGAAACAGGAUUAGCUAUAUUGGCUAAAGCUGAAAGAUUAGGUGAAUAUUUAAUAGCCAAAGGAGAUUUUGAAAAAAGAGCCUUUAAAAUAUAAGGAGGAUAUGAAAAAGCAUAAGAAUUUUACACUAUAACACUAUUUUAUAUAGCAUAAGCUUAUACCAAACUUGGAAUUAAAGACAAAGUAUGUUUAAGUUAAUUAAUUUAGGCUGCUUAUUAUUGUGGAUAGACAAUGUUAAGAUAAUUCAAGUCUAAAACUUAUGAAUUAAGAGAUUUAGUUAUAAAUUGCAUAUCCUUAUCUGAGUAUUAUUCAGGAAUAUGGAAUUUUGCAUAGGCCUUUUACCUUCUCUUAGUUGGUGAAGCAGUCAUUCCAGAAGGAAAAAGGAAAAAACUGUAUUCAUUCAUUAUAAUCAUAGUCGAGCAACUUUACAAAUGGCUUAAGGGAAAAUAAUUGGAGAUAUGAUGGCAUAUUGUGUUGAUUGUAUUAAAAGCAAUUAAUAGAAUGACCCAAGUCUUCCUAAACUAUUUAAUAAAUAUAGCAUUACAUUUGAUAGUGUUAAUGUUAAAUAAUUAGUAUUACUUAAUAUCAUCAUAUUAGGUAUUCUAACCUUCUAAAACAUUUGAUGAAAUAAAAUCCUUAUUUAGAUAAUCUAAUACUUUAUACAAAAAAGCUAUGUCUAUUUUUGUAUUAGAUGGAUUUGUAACUGAGCACAUUCAAAUGCUUAGUGAAAUCUCAAAUAUGUAUAAAGUUAUUAUGAGUCUUGAAACAGAUCCUAAUAAUAUUAUUGCAUAUUUAGAAAAAAGAUUAGAUUUAUUACUUCCUGUAUUUAAUGCUAUCAAUCCAAAAGCUUAUCAAAAUACUUAUGAAAAAUUAUUAGUUGAAAUUGCAGAAAUAAAUAACGAAUUAUAUGAAUUUAUUGUUAAAUUUAAUGAAAUCGAUGAUUUUUAAGGUGGUAAAAGUAAAAAAUUAACUGAAAAAAUGAAUAAAUCAUGUCUUAAUACAAUUCAAUAUUAUGAAAAAAUAAUUGAAUAAUUGAAAUUGCUUGAAGAGAAAUAAAGAGAUUCAGCUUAUUAUUCAUCAAUAACUACAGCUUAUUUCAAUAUUGCUAAAGCAUAGUCUAAGUACUUUUCUAAAGAUAAGAAAAUUAAAGUCACUUAUUUAGUUAAUUCAUUAAAUUAAUAUAAAUAAUUGGUUCAAUAUAUUAACCAAUAAAAUUAAUAAAAUGAAUUCUAAGCUGUUUUAUAGAUGUGUAAGGAAAUGAUUUAGAUCUUACCUUCUAAGAUUGAUAGAAUUAAUUAUAUGUGA